CCGUUUUUCCAAACCGGAUAUCCUUUCGUUGAUCAACCGUUUUUCAGAAACGUGGUGUUGUUCGCUGGUUUACGGACAAAAAUAAUUAUUUUGCUGUUGUUUGGGUCUUUUGUUGACAAUCAACAUGUUCUUGCAGUACUACGAGGACGAGAAUGGGAAUAGAGUCUACACUUUGAAGAAAGCGGCACCUAACGGGCAGCCCACCAGCUCAGCCCAUCCAGCACGCUUCUCCCCUGAUGACAAGUUCUCUCGACACCGGGUGACCCUGAAGAAACGCUUUGGACUUCUGCUCACCCAGCAACCCAGGCCUAUUCUGUAAUAAGAUUCCACCAAGAUGUGGCCGAGUGCCUAGAAUGCAUAAAGGGGACGGAAACGAGAUCAAGAUCAAACAAGAUCUCAACAUGCCAGGACUUGUCAGCUUCCAUCCCCAAAACAAGUGUUGUGUGUGUGAUGUUCACAUUGCAUUGUUUGUCUAUUUUUAUUUUUAAAUCUGUUUUGUGUUGAGUGAAUGCUAAAAUGGUGCCCAGUGAACACGCAAAUAACAGCUGGAAUAAACAUGAUAAAACCAAAUAAAAAAUUGA